UGUGGACAUGAAUGCGUGUGUACGUAUUGAUGGCCUAUAGUUGGACUCCUGUCCAGUGUAGGUAUUAUGGUUUUCUUUCCAUAUCCCAAUGACUUCCAGUUGUGCUGGUUUUGUACAAAUUUAUGGUGGUCAUAUGGAGGUGGUUACACAUGGUAUCCCAUAUGGUGGCUGAGUCUCCCCUGAUGUACUACCAGGCACACUUCGGUGAACACCACUACAAUCUCCGGCAUCCCUCUUCUGUACACGGUCUGCUUUGAUUUAAUUAGAAUAUUCAUUUGGGUCAAUUAUUGGAUACGGUUUGUCUGACCCCAUCCCGGUGAGGGGGGUUUGCUACCCACGGCAAAUUGGUCAAAUUCAAAGCAUGUACAUCAAUUCAAACAAAUACAGCCAACAAAUCAAUUGGCCAGCCAUACAGCACUUGAUACUUUUAAACACUAUCGGCGUCUGAAAUGGCGGUGUGGUGAACAAUGUCAUAGGAGGCCAAGUCGGGUCAGUCAGCCAUUUACUUCUGCAGAAAAGAGGCUCGCUGUUUAUCAGAAGAAAGUGCUUAACAGCUUUUAUUGAAAACAAGGGGUUUUCUAAAAUCAGAUACUAUGAUCAAGUAAGUAGCUUUUCUGCUGGCUUUUUAUGAGUGGUUUAAGUGAGUUAAAAGGUGUCGCGCACGAGCGCAUCGGGAGCAGUUAACGGAUCCGACACGCAUCACCGAACAGCCAGACGGAGGACGAAGGCAGCGUACUAACCUUUCUCUCUCUUGCCUCAUAGAAAAGAUGAAGUGACGCCGCCAUAAACCAGCCCGGAGUAAAAACAGAACAGCACUCCUGGGUUCCCUUCUUCCCUCUGGUCCCCCAAUGAUGACGUCAAGUUUCCCAUGCACCACCACGCCUACUCAGCAGCCAUCAUGCCUGAUUUCCUGUCCCUCCAGUCCUCCUUUUUGUCUUGUAGUUCGUUCAUGCUUUUUUGUUACUGUGAAAUGGCAAAAGACUGUGUUUUCAUUUUGUUUUGACAGUAUACGGGGCUCAAAACCCCAAAACUUUAUGCGCUCUGUGUUAUCUUUCUUUACACAGGGAAAGGUUUCUAACCUAAGAGUGGCAUCAUCAGUUACACCUGUCAGCCUAAGCUGAGAAACGGAAGAAGCUGCUGUGUGUUGCAACGUCUUAGAUGGUUGUGAGGCUGACACACACACACACAACACAUCAUGGAGAAAAUGACGGUGCAUGUUAAAGAGGAGGGCUGUGAAUGGGAGUGUGUUCAUCCAAAAGAGGAGGAAAGUGGACUGGGGUCAGGGGGCAUUAAAGACGAGUCCAAAGAGAAGUCUGUCAGUAUUGAGACACACAAGCCAAAAUGUGUGGACGGUGUCAAUGAAGACGACUUUCGUGAUGGAGCAGUGACUGGGAUGGGCUCUUCUCCGGGCAGACACUCUUCAUCAUCGGAGCCUUCUAUCAAUAUGAAGUCUGAAUCUUUACAAUGUGAAAUAAAGAGGACAGUGGAAAUUCCAUCUGCUAACACUCGGGAGAAGCCGCCACCGAUUACAAAUAAGUUUGGGAAAAGAAACAAAUGUCACUGCUGUUCAGAGUGUGGCAAACAGUUCUCUCGCAGGAGUCUUCUUCAGAGACAUAAAAGAAUUCACACGGGAGAAAAGCCAUAUUGGUGUCACGAAUGUGGCAAAACAUUCGGUGACAAGAGUACGCUUCAGAGCCAUGCUAGAAUUCACACAGGAGAGAAGCUGUAUUGCUGUAAUGAAUGUGGGAAAAAGUUCUGGUACGGGAGUGCCCUUCGGAUCCACACUAGAAUUCACACCGGAGAGAAGCCGUAUUCCUGUAAUGAAUGUGGUAAACAGUUUUCACAAAUAGGCCAUUUUCAGAGACACAAAAGAGUUCACACAGGGGAGAAGCCGUAUAUCUGUAAUGAAUGCGGCAAAAAUUUUUGUGACAAGAGUACUCUUCAAAAACACAGAAGAAUUCACACUGGAGAGAAGCCAUUUUGCUGUGUGAAGUGUGGUAAACGCUUCUGUCGCAGGAGUACUCUCCAACGGCAUGCUAGUAUUCACAUGGGAGUGAAGCACAAUGGAACUGUCAUUUAAUAAAGAGUGAAGCUCACUUCUGUCUUGAUAGUAAGCCCACCGUGAAGAUUUGGUGAAAUGAGCCCAUAUUGCUGUUCUGAACGUGUUAAUAAUUCUCACAAACCGGUGAUCUUCAGAGCUAGAAAAGCUUUCACACUGAUUACCACCUCUUGAAGACCUGCGGAGUAAAUUAGUGGGGAAAGGAGGAGGAAAAGAGGAAAAAGUCAACAUUGACCCCCACCUCAACAAGUCUUUGAGUACCUUUUAUGCAGUGGGCUCAGUUGGAUAAGAUCUAUGCCAGGGGUUCUCAAACUUUUGUCAAGGCAUGUCACCCCUAGAAUUUAAAACGUUCUGAAGUUCUAGGAUUUUGUUUAGCUAAAUUGUUUAGUACUGAAUUGUUAUUGGGUAUACUAAUGGCAUUUAUUUUUAUGCCCAGAAAUAAUAAUGUAAAAACUACUUGCAUAAAUUAUUGAACCAAAUCUCACUUAGACUGUUUUGGAAAAUGUCCGAGUCUUCUCACAGAAAUUGUUCAGGAGCCUUUGACUCCCUGUUAAAAAAAAA